CAUGAAGGUUACGUGAAUGGCUAACGUAUCGGUCCUUUCCUCUCGCCGUUCGGGCCAGCAUCCAAGCCAUGCAGCUGCACAUGCUGUCUGUCUGUCUGUUUGAUCCAUGUGUGUCUCGUCACUGACGGCUGUGUGUGUGUGUGUGACCUUGGCACACACACAGCUGCAUGUGACCGCUCACACGCAUCAGUUGGUCCAUCCAUCCAUCCAUCCAUGCACCCGUCAUCGACUUGUCCUACCAGUCACCAUGUCAGUCAGUCAGUACUGCUCAGUGCGUAUGCAUCUGUCCUCCGUCUGCCGUCACACAGGCGUCAGACCAACACACAGCGCACCGCACGACGUAUGUACACUGCCUGCCAUCCAGUCAUCCCCCCCUCCAUCUCUUUGUGUCAGUCCAUGAAUGCGGUAAACCAACCAACCGAUGCAUCGCAUCGCUCACUCAGUCAUUUAUCUACUUGACGCCAGGUAUCUCACGAGCUGCGGGUGCUGGGCCGGAGUUUGUCGGGGUUGAUGAUGCCUGCACGCACACACACACACGCGCGCACACACACACACACACACGUGGCAUGGGUCGAAGCCGCCGGCUGCACCCACAGGUGCGUUCAUCAGUCGGCCUCACGUACCGUGCCACAUUUCUGCCGCCUUGUUCUCGCACUCCAGGCGGGUGGCCUUUGUGACCUCCACCUGCACACAAUUGUAUACCUCCUCCAUCCAACGGCCCCCUUAGCCCUUAGUGCUCACCUUGUAGACACAUCGCUUGCGGUUGCUGUCGAAGUAGCGGACCUCCUCGUCGCUCAUCUGCAGCAGGGCCUGCACGAUGUCCUCCCUCCGGCCCUUGGUAUUGUCGCUGUCCUUGACGCGAACCUUGAGGACGUUGAACUUCCCCUCCCACGUGCACUGGAAGACCUUGCCGUGCAACAUCACCAACAUGUCGCGGAGAUGAAACUGACACACACACGAAAGGACAACACCAUGAUGUCUGUGCGCAGGUGAGCGUUGGUUGGGCAUGCCUUGGCGUCGUCGGCCACGUUCCAGAACAAACAGUCGUAGCCUGCACCCACACAAAGUUUCGGACACAGAGACACAGACAGGAGCGAAUGAUGCAUGAACUGUAUGGAUGCGCCACUUUGUGUGUGUCCGUAUGCGUACCCAUGACCACCAUGUUGCAGAGUUCUUCGACUAUGGCCGGCGGGAGCGACGCUGCUCCUCCCUCCAACCCCUCUCCCUCCUCCUCUCCCCCCUUCUCCUUGCCCUGCUCGUCGUCCUCGUCCUCGGGCGUCCACUCAUCCUCAUCGUCCGCUGCACGACGACUGCGGUUGCGGCCGGGGCUGGUGCGAUGGCCACGGGGGGGCUCGUCUUGCUCAUCCGAAUCUUCGUCGGCCGCCAGCACUUUAGCCGCCAUUGACUGACCGGCACUGUCACGCUUGACACGCGACGCGCUGGUGAGGACUUUGAAGGGGUUCGGCUUGCCAGCCUUGCUGCCUCGCUUGGCCUUCUUCACCUCUGCACCCACACCCACACACACGCGGAUGGAUCAUCAUGAUCAUCAUGGAUAAAUUACACGUCUCGUUGACGGUCUCAUUCGGUGUCUGAUUCAGCAUGAUGCACUUACUGUUGCUCACGCCCCCAGCCUUGACUUUGGUAUCCUUCUUGCCCUUGCGCACCUUGAGGCCUCUCUGCUUGCGCAUCUCCGCUAUCUGCACCGACAUGGGCACGUCGACGUCAUCAGCAGCAGAGCUAGCAGCAGAGGGGUCCAUGAUGGCGCUCAGAGUCAGUGAUGGUGGGAUUGAGGCGGGACUGAGGUAGAAUGUGAGUCAGAUGCACACGAUGGAUG